ACAAACCCUUUUCUUUAGUCUCUGCUAGAGCCGCUUUUCCCAUUUGCAGCAUCAAUUAAGCCCUAGCGCCGGCUGCAACCAUGAAGUACAAUUCCAGGGUAUCCUCCUCCCGCCGCAAGAACCGGAAGGCACACUUCACCGCACCCUCAAGCGUGCGCCGUGUCAUUAUGAGCGCUCCCCUGUCCACCGACCUCCGCCAGAAGUACAACGUUCGAUCUAUGCCUGUCCGUAAGGACGACGAGGUCCAAGUUGUCCGAGGCACCUACAGGGGUCGCGAGGGCAAAGUUGUCCAGGUCUACAGGCGCAAAUGGGUGAUCCACAUCGAGCGCAUCACUCGCGAGAAAGUUAACGGCUCAACAGUGAACGUUGGAAUCAACCCUUCAAAGGUUGUCAUCACGAAACUCAGACUGGACAAGGACCGCAAGUCCUUGCUGGACCGCAAGGCCAAGGGGCGUGCUGCAGCUGACAAGGAGAAGGGAACCAAGUUUACCCCUGAAGAUAUUAUGCAGAGCGUGGACUGAUUAUGAUUUCUUUCAGGGAAGAUGCCUUUUAUUACUAAAUCAUAGAUUUUUUUUCUUAUUUUAGAAUGCUUUGGAACUGUUGUUAUUAAGAUGUUUUAUGAUUCUGUUAUGUUUUGCGGUGAAUUUUGGGUUUUACCUUAGAGAUUUCACUGGGGAUUUUUGUUCUUUACUUGUUUAAUGCAAUAUUUUGAAUUUCUUUCCGUAA